AGUUUCCCUCGACAUUGUGAUACUUUUUAUUUAUGUAUUCAUUUUUUGUUUUUUAAACUUUUGUAACUGGCAUGAAUUCAAGCUGGUGUUCUCUCUGUGAUGGGGGGGAAACUACUACCAACCACCGUUUUUGUUUUUUAACUACAGAGUGAUCAUCUUCAUUAUACACCAUCAAUGCCUCCACACUCACCAGCAGCAGCACUGGAGCUCUGUCCUGGUCCUGGAUCAGUGGAGAUGGGUUAAGGCGGACAGAGACCGACUCACCCAACAACACCGAGACCGACGGCCGCUGAGUGCAGUAGUUACAGAAGGAAAGGCUCGGGAAUUCAUCCCAGUCCCGCUUGCCCUCACUCCUCUCCACUCCCGGCCCCAGCAGGCCAGGGAAUGUCCCGGCGGCGAGAUGCCUUACGUGGACCGACAGAACCGCAUCUGUGGCUUCCUGGACAUAGAGGAGAACGAGAGCAGUGGCAAGUUCUUGCGUCGUUACUUCAUACUGGACACACAGCAGGGAAGCUUGGUGUGGUUCAUGGACAACCCACAGAACCUGCCUAUUGGUGCAGACUGUGUUGGCUCCCUCAAGCUCACCUACAUCUCUAAGGUCAGCGAUGCCACUAAGCUGAGGCCUAAGGCAGAAUUCUGCUUUGUCAUCAAUGCUGGGAUGAGGAAGUUCUUCCUGCAGGCCAAUGACCAGCAGGACCUCGUGGACUGGGUCAACGCUCUCAAUAAAGCCACCAAGAUCACUGUGCCAAAGUUGUCUGAUGGGCAGCAGCAGAAUGCAGAGAACCAGAAGGCUUUGCCGGAUGUCGUAGGGCCCAAGAAACAAGUCUCCUAUAAGACAGAGAUCAUUGGAGGAGUCCCUAUUGUUACCCCGACACAGCAUGAAGGUGGUGAUGGUGCAGACAGAGCGGAGCGCGAGGCCAUGCAUCGCUCCCACAGCCAGCUGCCGUACUUCCUGGGCAGGCCGACUCAUGAACACACCGUCAUCAAGUCAGGCUACUGCGUCAAGCAGGGAGCUGUGAUGAGGAACUGGAAGCGGCGAUAUUUCCUUCUGGAAGAAAACUCAAUGAGUUACUUCAAGUCAGAUUUGGAGAAAGAGCCUCUGAGAAUGAUCCCACUGAAGGAAGUUCACAAAGUCCAGGAGUGCAAACAGAGUGACAUUAUGAUGAGAGAUAAUCUGUUUGAAGUCGUCACCACAUCAAGGACGUUUUACAUACAGGCAGACAGCCCAGAGGAGAUGCACAGCUGGAUCAAGGCUGUCUCAGGGGCCAUUGUGGCCCAGAGAGGGCCUGGAAGGUCUGCUGCCACAGAACACGUCAGCCGUUCCACUUUCUACCGCAGCCCCACGGGUCCCCCCGUCCCUCGCUCGCCCAUAUCUGCAAUGCCACCAUGCUACCCAGAGUGGGGGGCUGCUGUCACGUGCGGCGCACGCUCGCAGCCUGGCGUGGGACAGCGAGCACUUCAUGAGCCUGCUGCCACGGCCCAGUCACAGCCUCACGCCAGCACGCCUGUCCCUGCAGGAGACGCGCCUCGCAAAGUGACCUGCGAACCACCUGUGACCACCAUCAAAAACUCUGAGGAGUCACCGUGGCGACGGCGGAGCAGCUUUGAGCCCCACAUGCCUGAACCACCCCUGGACCUGGAUGACGCUGACCUGCCAGUGAGCGAGGUCUGAGCCACUGAACCGGACAUUAAAACAUAAAUAUCUGGAUAAGAUAAAGAGAAAACCUUGAGCCACACGUGUAUAAAAAGCGUAGGCAUUGGUUUUCAAACCAAAGCUGUUGGCGGAAGACAAUGUACAACAUCACAAACUCAUCUUUUGAGCUCCUCCGUCAGUGCCGUCAGUGUGCUAGAUAAAAAAGUUGGGUCACCACUGAACCGCACUUGUGUGCCAAAGAUGACCCAGUCUUCACCCACACCCCUCUGCCUGCCUGCUGCCGCAUUUACAAUCGUGUAUUUAUUUCCUAAGAGUUGAUGUCAAACAAAUUUUAGUUAACUUGUGGUGAUUAUAAUUCAGUGACAAGGCUUUAUUUUAACCUGUACAGGCACAAUGAUUUGUUCAGUGGUAUUUGUGGGUGGAGGAUGUUUGUAAGCCACUUUGUGCCAAGAAAAUAAGAGAACUUUCAAGGGUGCAAGCUAUUUCCUCUUGUCUGAAAAGACUGGCUUUUCAUCACCUCUCUAAUCUACUAAUUUAAGUUGUGUGGUUCAUUCACACACUCACUAUUGUAACCCUGGAUUUGUCUGCUGUUGUUGGCCAGUGUAGUCUGAGAUCAAAUCCUCACAAUUAUAAUUCAGAGAUUCUGGACUGGUCUAGGACUAGAUGCAAAAAAUAAAAAAAAAUAUUAGUAUGACCCAAUGUGUUUAAUAAUGCAAUACCAAAUGUAUUGCAGCCACAUUUUUUUUUUAAACAGUUGCCAAGCCUUUGACAUAAAUUUCUCUUUAUUUUUUAAAUAUAUCGGAGAGUUAAGUUGCUCAUUCAUAUAAUGGUGUCCUCACUGUUGCUGACCACAAGCUGAAGUAGCUUACAUGUAAAUCUACAGUGAAUAGUUUUUACAUUUAAUCCACCUCUGGCAGUAAAGUGAGAGUUUGACUGUGCAGAAGCGCAAAAGAAAAACAAAAAAUUUGAAAGCUAUCACAGUACAUGCAUCACUUAACAUUCUGAAUCAGCCUCUUUGCUAACUACAUUUCAGCUUACCAGAUUUUAUGGACUCACAUUUGUGACACUGUGGGAAAGGAACAACAGCAUUAUAAGUAAACAAGAAGUACAAGGAGUACGCUUGUAAACUUUUUGUAAUUCAUAGUAAUAAAAACUUAUAGGGCUGGGUCAGUUAUAGAUAAGCUUCAUCUCCUGACAGACUCAGCAAUAAGAGGCUCACAUGAGUUAACUAAACCUGCAUUGUUUGAAGAUGAUUAUACUGUGUGAACACCAUGCAAACAUUUUGUGUCAUGGUUAAACAGAAGAAAAAAAACAUGCUUCUGUUGCAUGUUAACAUUUUAAUGAUUCCUCAGAUUGUCUGUCUGUUUUUAGUUUUUAUCUACGGCCGUUCUGUCUGUUGUGUGUUUCCAGAAUAGAGCUGUGUGCAGCAGAUUUAUUUUUUAUAUGCUUUCAGAUGUUUCCUGAUUCCUUAUUCCUUGUACCUGUGUUGCCAACCCAGCAGGAGGCAGCUGCCUCAUGGUUUUAUUUAAAAAUGUCAGACUGUAGUCCUGCUAAAUAAUACACACUAAUCUUUUUUUUUUUAAGUGCCUGCUUUAUUUCGGCCCAACAGAGUCAAGCUAUUUCACCCCUUUUCAGUCUGGUGUAAUUGGUUUGAAUUGUCUCUAUUUAUUAUGUGGAUGACUUGAAAAAAAUAAACACUGAAAAUGUG